GACGCCAGUCCGCUAACUUCUUGUUUUGUGUGGUCAUCCAACCGAAGCAUGGGAUCUUUUUGACUCUCCAUUUUAACUCCGCUAUCGUUAAAUGAUGAAAAUGUCGUAUCCAGUGUGAUGAUAUUUGUUGUCAGCGUCUGUUUUUUUUGUUAAAUAGAUUUAAAAAAAACGGAAACGGCAGCAGCUCCGGCAACACGGCGAACUCCUCGCUGCAUCGCGUCCUGUGAAACACCGCUAGCUGUGACAUGACUAUGAAAAACUACCGUCGAGGGAAGUUAUAAUUGACAUUAUCAUAGCUGAAUGGCUACAGCAGCAGCUUGUCUGCCCCAAUUUAACGCCUACAUGCUGUUAUUUCGAUAGCCAUUUGAGCUCAGCGUCAGGGGAGAGGUUGGUGGUGGUGUGGUGGUGGGGGGGACACCGUUAUAAUAUAACAAGGAGACCGCAUUAACACAGCUCUGUUCCCGUCCGAGAAGAUGUCUUUCUUCAAUUUUCGGAAGAUAUUCAAACUGGGCCCUGACAAGAAGAAGAAGCAGUAUGAACAUGUACACAGAGACGUGAACCCAGAGGAAAUCUGGGACAUCAUUGGGGAACUUGGAGACGGGGCGUUUGGGAAAGUGUUCAAGGCUCAGAACAAGCAGAAUGGGACCCUCGCUGCUGCCAAGGUUAUUGACACAAAGACUGAGGAUGAAUUGGAGGACUACAUGGUGGAGAUUGACAUUCUGGCCUCCUGCGACCACCCUCACAUCGUCAAACUGCUGGAUGCCUUUUAUUUUGAAGGCAAACUUUGGAUCCUCAUAGAGUUUUGUGCAGGCGGUGCAGUGGAUGCCAUCAUGCUGGAACUGGAGAGACCCCUGACAGAGCCCCAGAUCCGUGUGGUUUGUAGGCAGACCUUGGAGGCUUUGUGUUACCUCCACGAGAACAAGGUCAUCCACCGAGACUUGAAGGCCGGAAACAUUCUCCUCUCCUUGGAUGGAGAAGUGAAACUAGCUGACUUUGGGGUGUCUGCUAAAAAUACCAAGACGUUACAGAGAAGGGACUCUUUCAUCGGCACUCCGUAUUGGAUGGCCCCAGAGGUGGUGAUGUGCGAAACCUCCAAGGAUCGUCCGUACGACUACAAGGCCGACAUCUGGUCCCUCGGGGUAACCCUGAUAGAGCUGGCACAGGUUGAGCCGCCCAACCACGAGAUGAACCCCAUGAGGGUGCUCCUGAAAAUAGCCAAGUCCGAGCCGCCCACACUCAUGCAUCCCUCCCGCUGGUCCCCGGAAUUCAGCGACUUUCUGCGGAAAUCACUUGAUAAGAAUGUGGACCAUAGGUGGAGCCCUGUGCAGCUUUUGCAGCAUCCUUUUGUCACCAGUGUUACAGACUGCAAACCUCUCAGAGAGCUCAUCGCAGAGGCCAAAGCUGAAGUCACAGAGGAGCUCGAGGAUAGCAAAGAGGAGGAGGAGGAGGAAGAGGCUGAAACACCUCUGGCGGCUCCAGGGCACAAGAGAGCGCCCUCAGAUGCCAGCGUGGCCAGCUCAGAGGAUGACAAAGUCCCACCGACUCCCUCCACGCUGGAAUCUGUUAAAGAAAAGACAGAGACAGUGCCUGCUGAGGACCAGACCAAUGAUAAGCUCUCUGAUGAAAUACUUGGAACAAGUGAGGUGGAUAAGCCUAAAGAGGAGAAACUCAAUGAGGUGUCUAAUGCUGAUAAAUCAGACCUGGUAUCUGGGCCAGCAGAGCCUAUAAUGGACUUGAUCUCACAAGCUCCCACCGAGCCUAAACCAGAAGACGGUAAAAAUGAAGAGAUUCCUGCUGAGCCUGCGGCAUCACUGCCCGAGGAAAAUGGCAAAACAACCCAGGAACUUAUCCCAGAUGGUCAAGAAACAGAGGAAGAACAGAAGGAGAUACCAGAAGAGAAACCAGAAAAUGAACCUUCCCAAAUAAUAGAGGAAAAAGGAGAGGAGAAGGGGAGGGAAGACAGAGAAGAGAAAGAAAAAGCAGAAGGUACAGACGAUUUCAAAGAAUCUCAAGAGCAGGCUGAAGAUAAACAAGAGGAACCAGAAUCCAUAUCAGGAGAAGUUGAACCGCCAGAAAAAGAAAGCAGAGAACCAGAGAAGGAGAUCCCUCCGAAAAAAGUGUCAGACGACAGAAUAGAAGACACAGCUAAUGGCCCAGAUGUAAAUACAGACACAGAGAAUAUAGGACCAAAUGUAAUAGACAUAAACAUUAAUGGAGAGACAGACACAAAGUCAAGUGUGGAUGACACCCCUGCUGAAGUUCUGUUAGAGAAGGAGGCCACGGAGAGUCAGCCAGAGGAAAAACCUGAGGAUGAGGCUCCUGAGGGUGAAAAGCAGCCUGACCAAGACAAUCACCCCUGUGAGGAGAAUAAACCAGAGGAACAGACCCCAACUGAAUUGACAAAUGGAGUCAGCGACGUUGCCAAAGACACCUCAGAGGAUUCAGAACAAGUGGUCCCAUGUAAAGACGUCAACAUGAAGGAAGGCGAGGAGAAAGCCACUCCUGCCGAUGAGAAUACUUCCCAAGAUGCCGUCUCUGUCCAGGAGAGCGAAACGGACUCAGAGUGCAAGAUGGAGCCCGGAAGCCCAGCUGUGAUUAAGUCGGAUGUAGAGAAGGACUCGGACUCUGGGAGCAGCUCCGCAGCUGACAGCAGCAGCCUCGACCUCAAUCUGUCCAUCUCUAGCUUCCUGUCCAAGAGCAAGGAAGGCUCCGUGUCUAUGCAGGAGUCAAAACGUCAGAAAAAGACGCUGAAGAAGACACGUAAGUUCAUGGUGGAUGGUGUGGAGGUCAGUGUGACGACAUCAAAGAUAGUGACGGAUAAUGACACCAAGAGCGAAGAGAUGAGGUUCCUAAGGCGGCAGGAGUUGAGAGAGCUGCGCCUCCUGCAGAAGGAGGAGCAGAGGGCCCAGCAGCAGCUGAGCAACAAGCUGCAGCAGCAGAGAGAGCAGCUCUACCGGCGCUUCGAACAGGAAACGACUGCUAAGAAGCGUCAAUAUGACCAAGAGGUGGAGAACCUUGAGAAGAAGCAGAAGCAGACCAUCGAGCGGCUGGAGCAGGAUCACACCAGCCGGCUCAGAGACGAGGCCAAACGCAUUAAAGCGGAUCAAGACAAGGAGCUCUCCAAAUUCCAAAACAUGCUGAAGAACCGGAAGAAAGAGGCCCAACUGGAGGUUGGACAGUCCCCCAGACACAUGAGAAAAGAGCUCAUGAAACGCAUAAAGGAGGACCUAAUGCUCCUUAAGACUUUAGAGGAGCAGGAGUUCCUCCAGAAGCAGCAGCAGGAGCUGGACGGAGCUCUGAAGAAAAUCAUCCAGCAGCACAAACUGGAGAUCGCCACUAUAGAGAGAGACUGCCUCAACCAUAAGCAGCAGCUGAUGAGAGCUCGAGAGGCAGCCAUGUGGGAGUUGGAGGAGCGCCACCUGCAGGAGAAGCACCAGCUGCUGAAGCAGCAGCUCAAAGACCAGUACUUCCUGCAGAGACACCAGCUGCUCAAGAGACACGAGAAAGAGAUGGAGCAGAUGCAGCGCUACAACCAGCGGCUGAUCGAGGAAAUGAAAAACAAACAGACUCAGGAGAGAGUCCGUCUGCCCAAGAUUCAACGCAGCGAGGCCAAGACCCGCAUGGCCAUGUUCAAGAAGAGCCUUCGCAUCACGGCCACAGCAUCCGUCACCCCAGAGAUGGAGAGAGAGAAGAUCAAGCAGUUUGCUGUUCAGGAGGAGAAGAGGCAGAAGAAUGAGAGGCUCCAUCAACACCAGAAACACGAGAACCAGAUGAGGGAUCUGCAGCUGCAGUGUGACUCAAACAUCAGGGAGCUGCAGCAGCUACAGAAUGAGAAGUGCCACCUUCUCAUCGAGCAUGAGACUCAGAAGCUGAAGGAGCUGGAUGAGGAGCACAGCCAGGAGAUAAAGGAGUGGAGAGAGAAGCUGAGACCCAGAAAGAAGGCGUUGGAGGAGGAGUUCACACGGAAGCUUCAGGAGCAGGAGGUCUUCUUCAAGAUGAGCGGCGAGUCCGAAUGCCUUAACCCCACCACCCAGAGUCGAGUGUCCAAAUUUUACCCAAUCCCAAACCUGCACAACUCUGGUUUAUAGCCUCAUGUCAGAAAACAGACUCAUAUCAAACUAAGACAGACUGUUCCAGGUGAAGCGGCGUCAUUCCUCCGACCGUUAACUGAUUUCCAUGAAAAUACCUUCACUGCUUUGACUCCACCGUUAGUGAGCAUGACGUGCCUACACACUGUUCAACACUCCGUCAAAUUUUUUUCUCAGCUUGUUGGGAAAUGUCGGGUGGAUAAUAUGCACUUUUUCCAGCAUGUUCAAAUUUUCAGAAGUCUGCAGUCGGUAUCGAAGGCCAAUCAUGCUUAACGGAGAAGUGUUAGCACAGCCGGCUACAGUAUGAAUGAUCUCAGUGCCUCAUAUGUUCCUUAUGUUUCAGGAGUUAGGCCCUCCCCUGUGAUUUCUUCGGUUUGCAGUAAAUACAAAGCCCCCCCUGAAUGUCGUGCACUUAAAUAGCUAGUUAUCAAAAACAAAAUGAUUUGAGCGAUUAUUAGUAUUAUUUCACAAAAGCUGGUCAUUAAAAAUCGUCUUUCGCUGCAUUUAAGGUGAUACUGCCUCACGGGAGAAGUGCUGAUGAGUCACUGCUCUCAAAAGAAAAAGUGAAGUCGUCUAAUGCUGUGCUAAAAAAAAAAAAAGCUUUGUUAUGAUAAAAAUUAAUUAUUAAUUAAAAGGAAUGUACUGUGUUGUAAACGAUGCAGCGCUGAUAAAAGUUACAAGUUUGGACCUACAUAUCACGUUUAGUCUGAAACCAGGAGGAUUUUUCAGUCUUGAGCGAUGAUUUAACUAAACGUUUUUGUUAAAUUAGCCAUACUACCAAACACCCCUGUGUGUUUAAAAGACAGAGCAGAGCUGUUACUUUUUGACAGGAAAGAAAUACUGUUUUUUUUUUAAUACAAAUGAUCAAAAUUAAAUCACCUCACCUUCUUGGAGCUAGCUUGGAUGCUCGGAUGCUUUGUUGUGAAAUGCUGAAGGAAUGUAAAAGCUGUUGAUUUGCACUGUUUUGCCACAUGAGCUAAAUGAGAGAAGAAAAGUAUGCAGUACUUAACUGUCAAAGUUUCUUUUUUUUUUUUUUUACAGUGAGUCCAGUUUGUCUCACACAGGCCUCUUCAAACUCCAAACUGACUGAGUUGUUUUCAACAUUGUUUUAUUUGUUUUACCUUUUAAUCAUUUUAAGAUAUACCCUCUAGCAUUUUAUGAACACGUCUUAUUUCCCGAACGUAUUGCAGAUUAAUCGACGCUGCAAUCGCUGUUAUUUUUCGUGACACCAUUGCUGUAUGAAAGGUGAAAUGCUGUAUCCUUUUUAAUUUCAACACGCGAGGAGACGUGUCGCUGUUUUUCAGAAGAAAACGUAUUGACGGUUCUCAAAAAUAGACGAAAACAAACCUGACUGGUUUGUUUUUGCCACUUCAUAUCAUCAGUGCAUGUUAUCGAUUCUUUGCUCACAUGAACAUUGACAUAAAUGCUGGAUUUGUAUUGCCGUUAUCGCAGACUGUGUCUUGUGAAUGACACCACACGCCCUCUAGAUUUCAAUGGUUUUUUUAUUUUCAGUUGCAGCCUUUGGAUGUGUCUAAGUUCUACCACCAUGGAUAUUCUCAGUAUAUGCAUUUUUUUGAUGUCAGAUCCAAUGUAUUUAAAGUGUCUUUAUAAAUGGACAAUUCUUCUGUUGUUGUAAAUAAAAUAAUGACUGUUUAUUUGA